UUUCGACGUGACCAACAACAACACACUCCAAUCGCCAUGCUCAGCCAACAGCGCGCCGUGACGAAGUUGCUUCGCCAAACACAAACUCGCUUCGCCAGCACGAUCAAGAAGGUUCAUGCGCGCGAGAUCAUCGACAGUCGUGGUAACCCUACUGUCGAAGUCGACUUAACUACAGAACAAGGACUGUUUCGCGCGUCCGUCCCAUCGGGAGCUUCCACCGGGAUCCACGAAGCCGUGGAGUUGCGCGACAGUGGCAAGCGCUACUUGGGCAAGGGUGUGAUUCAAGCAGUGAACAACGUGAAGAACAUUAUUGGCCCCAAGUUGGAAGGCAUGGACCCAACAAACCAAGUCGAAAUUGACCACUUGAUGAAAGAAUUGGACGGUACUGAGAACAAGGGUAACCUUGGCGCGAACGCUAUUUUGGGGGUGUCCCUUGCUGUCGCCAAGGCUGGUGCUCGUGCGAAGAGCAUUCCGUUGUUCCAGCACUUUGCCGACUUGUCUGGCAAUAACAAGCUCGUGCUCCCGGUGCCUUCUUUCAACGUGAUCAACGGGGGAUCACAUGCGGGUAACCAAUUGGCGUUCCAAGAGUUCAUGAUCUUGCCGACGGAGGCGGAAUCGUUCUCGGAAGCCAUGGCCAUGGGUUGCGAAGUGUACCAUCACUUGAAAGGUGUGAUCAAGAAGAAGUACGGCCAAGAUGCGACCAAUGUCGGUGACGAAGGGGGAUUUGCGCCCAACAUCCAGAGCAACCAUGAAGGCGUGGAACUGCUAAUGCUCGCGAUUGAAAAGGCGGGAUACACGGGCAAGAUUGGUAUCGGCAUGGAUGUGGCGUCGUCCGAAUUUUACACGGAUAGCAAGCACUACGACUUGAAUUUCAAGAACCCUGGCAGCAAGAAAUCGCCGUUGACUGGUGCGCAAUUGGGCCAACUCUACAAGGAUUUGGCCAAGGAAUUCCCUAUCAUCUCGAUUGAAGACCCGUUCGACCAAGACGACUGGGAGCACUACAGUGCCUUCACAGGGGCGAUCGGGACCGACGUGCAGAUUGUCGGUGACGACUUGCUUUGCACGAACCCGACGCGCAUUGCCAAGGCUGUAGGGUUAAAGGCGUGCAAUGCGCUUCUCCUCAAGGUGAACCAAAUUGGCAGCGUCAGCGAAUCCAUCCAAGCCGUCAACGACGCCAAGGCCGCGGGAUGGGGCGUUAUGGCCAGUCACCGUAGCGGGGAAACGGAAGACUCGUACAUUGCGGACUUGGCGGUGGGCCUCAGUACUGGCCAGAUCAAGACAGGAGCUCCAUGCCGCUCGGAACGACUGGCCAAGUAUAACCAACUGCUGCGCAUCGAAGAAAUGCUCGGGCGCAGUGCCAUCUAUGCCGGCAAACACUUCCGAAACCCCCAGAAAGCUUAAUACGUGCAAUAUAUGACAGAUGGGGUGUGAA